GCCCCGGCGGGGGCAGGUCGCGGCGUUCUCUGCAUAGUUGCCCCAGCUGGAAAAAGUGACGUCGUUAUUUCUUAAUACCAAGGGGCUGACAUCAGGGUCCCCGGCGGGCCACGAUUGGCCGGGCCGGCCGGCCAAUGGGAAGGGCUCCCCCCCGGCCAUGCGGAGGGGGAAGAGCCAGAGAACAAAAAGUUUUAAAAAGUUGCAGGGAAAGGCAGGACGCGGCAGAGGGGCAGCGGGCGCCGAGCGGGUCCCAUCUCCAGCAGGGCAGGAUGUCCUCCGCGCACUUCAACCGGGGACCGGCCUACGGGCUGUCGGCAGAGGUCAAGAACAAGCUGGCCCAGAAGUACGACCUCCAGCGGGAGCAGGAGCUGCGGGAGUGGAUCGAGGACAUGACAGGGGAGCACAUUGGAGCCAACUUCAUGGAGAGGCUGAAGGACGGCGUCAUCCUGUGCAAGCUCAUCAACAAACUCCAGCCUGGCUCCGUGAAGAAGGUGAACGAGUCCACCCAGAACUGGCACCAGCUCGAGAACAUCGGAAACUUCAUCGCGGCCAUCAAGAAGUACGGCGUGAAGCAGCACGACAUUUUCGAAGCCAACGACCUCUUUGAGAACACGAACCACACCCAGGUGCAGUCCACCCUGAUCGCCCUGGCGAGCCAGGCCAAGACAAAAGGCAACAAAGUGAACGUGGGUGUAAAAUACGCGGAGAAGCACCAGCGCCGGUUCCAGCCCGAGAAGCUGAUCGAAGGACGGAACGUUAUCGGGCUGCAGAUGGGCACCAACAAGUUUGCCAGCCAGCAGGGCAUGACGGCAUAUGGCACCCGCCGGCACCUCUACGACCCCAAACUGGGCACAGACCAGCCCCUGGACCAAGCCACUAUCAGUCUACAAAUGGGCACCAACAAGGGAGCCAGCCAGGCGGGCAUGACGGCCCCCGGGACCAAGCGGCAGAUCUUCGAGCCCACGCUGGGCAUGGAGCACUGCGACAGCCUCACCGUCUCCCUGCAGAUGGGCAGCAACAAGGGCGCCUCGCAGCAGGGCAUGACUGUGUACGGGCUGCCGCGCCAGGUCUACGACCCCAAGUACUGCCUCCAGCCCAGCUACCCCAUGGUCGGCGAGGAGUACAACCACAGCGAACACAACUUCUACAACUCCGAGUGAGGGGCCGGGCGCAGGCCAAGGCACGGACUGAACAGAGACGCACACGGCCGUGGCGCUAGAAGCAGCUUUUUUCUAAAACAACAAACCAAACCAGCAAGGGAUUACUUUAAAAAGAGGAAUGAGGGGAAAACCCGCGUGCUCCCCACAACGCCAACCAGCUCCUAGAGGGUCCCACGCCAGCUCCCCCAGACCCCCGUCACAGACCCCCCUCCUUUACUGAAGUUGCUUUUAAAUGUGUAGUCAAACAGUUGCCAAUGCACUGAGGUAGAGCAAAGCCCAGGACGCAACACCGCCGACCAAUGACAGUAAUUUGGGGGAGGAGAGGAGGGAGGAUAUACGUGAAAAGCCAUAAACAUUAGUGAUUUUUCACCAUUA